AUGUUCAGAAACAACUACGACAACGACUCCGUCACCUACUCCCCCACUGGACGUCUCUUCCAGGUGGAGUAUGCUUUGGAGGCUAUCAAGCAGGGCAGUGCUGCCGUGGGGAUUGCCUCGUCCAACCACGUUGUGCUAGUGGCCUUGAAGAGAAACGUUGAGGAAUUGGGCAGUUACCAGAAGAAAAUCAUCAAAGUGGACGAUCACAUGGGCAUUGCUUUGGCCGGAUUGGCGCCAGAUGCUCGUGUGUUGUCGAACUACUUGAGAAAACUUGCAAUGAACUCCAAACUUGUGUUCAACAGACCAUUGCCCACAUCCAAGGCCGUCUUGCUGAUCGCCGAUAAAGCCCAGGAAAACACUCAACUGUAUGGCUCGAGACCGUACGGUGUUGGGUUGCUUGUGGCUGGCUGGGACGAGACCGGCGCUCAUCUAUACGAAUUCCAGCCCUCGGGAUCCGUUUUGGAAUACUACGGCACCGCAAUAGGUGCCCGUUCCCAGGCCGCCAGAACAUAUUUGGAACGCAAUUUGGAGACAAUACGCUCAUGCGAACAUAUCGAGGACCUCAUUGUACAUGGUUUGAAUGCCUUGAGAGAUACAUUGUCCCAAGAUAUGGAAUUGACCAUCCGGAAUACCUCUGUCAGUGUAGUUGGCAAGGAUCAAUCUUUCACAGUAUAUGAUGACGAAGACGUACAGCAAUGGUUAAGUAAGCUUGAUUCCACAUCAAACACAAGAAAUAACGACGACGACGAUGAAAAUGGUGACAACGCAGGUGGUGACGCUGAUGAGUCCAACGAAGCAAACCCGACAGAUGCUGCUCAAGAAGGUGCGGCUGGAGACAGCACCAAUACAAAUGCAUCUGGUGCUGCUGACGAAGAUAGAAUGGAUACCGAUUAA